AUACAAUAUUCCUUAAUCCAUGCUAUAUAUCGGAAAUUAGGCUUCCUUGGUUCCGUGAUAGAUUCCUAGCAAGCGCACAUUCCCCAGCUCGUUUAAUAACCCGCUGCGAACGCCCCCUCCUCCAAUGCCGGUUCUCAUUUGUCCUGGCGCGCCACGCAAGGGAAAGGACGUACUGCUCGAUCGAGAGGCGAUUGAACGAGCUCGAAAAGACAUAUCUCCGCCGGAUGUCGGUGGCUACGUCACUCCUCCUGGUAGACUUUCGCCCCUGCGAAAUAGCUGGUCUGUUGACCAGUCAGCCGAUAAUAUAGUGCAGCUGCAACCAUUUCUCGACCGGCUUGCUCUCCGCAACGGAGGGGGAGGGGCCGGUUCGAAGAAGACCGUGCGCUUUGGAAAUGGUCGGAAACCUAGAGUCGGAGCGAUCGGUUCAGGCGGCUAUAGCUUAGAGCACAGGGAGAACGACAAGUAGCUCUUUUGGACGGAUCGUGACGCUCUCUAGCCCUCUAAGCUACUAUAACUCUUGAAUCAUACAUAGACAAAACUGGCUUCAAGCUUCAAAAAAGAAAAAAGAAAAAAAAAAAA